ACGCUUGCUAUGGAAUCGGAGAAGAGGAAGAGGAAGAGGAGGGAUGACGGAAAGAGAGCCAAGGAAGGGGAGCCGGCGGCGGUAGCGGAAGAGGAGGUGGACGGAAGGAGCGCCGAGGGAGGCCAGUCGACGGUGGUUGAAGAGGAGGAAGAGGAGGAGGUGGAGGAGUUCUUUGCCAUACUCAAGAGGAUACGAGUGGCAGUGAAGUACUUCGACAAGGCUGAAGCUGGGGGAAGCGAGGUCAAGGUGACGGGUAAACCAUGGAGGCCGAGGUUUGUGUGGGAAGAUUUCGACGGGGAUAAAAACCAGGAGGACUGCGAGGAGGAUACGGGUUUCGAUCUUAACUUGAAGCCUGAUGUAUCCAAACCAGAAAAUUAAAAACAAAUCUUUCUUUGCUUUCAACAAUAAAUUGUAUUUGUAGCUUUUGUAAACCUAAUAUAAGAAUAU